CGGCCGCAACAGCCAUCCCAGCAUAUAUUCCCUCCCUCCUCCUCCAGAGAGAAGAAGAAAUCCAACAACAUAUACAUAUAGAGAGAGAAAAUCUCUGUAUAUAUAUACAUGUAGAGAGAGAGAGAGAGGCCUCUCACGGCGUUGGUGUCGUAGCAGAUCUUGAAUCCCUACCCCUUCUCUACGAAUAAAAUCGCACAUUCUCUUCAAGAACCUGUUCUGCUAUUUCAAGAACUAGUUCGGGAUCGACGAGACAGCGUUCGUUUGAUCCAUUUUUUUUUUCUGUCGAUACAUUUGGUUCGAAGAAGCAUAAUAAUUCCUCGUUCUGAAUCUCUGGUAUUUUGAAUCAGUUAUUGCUGUUUUGUGAUCAAAUCACUACAUUUUCGAGAGAGAGAGAGAGAGCUUGGUGAGCUGUGUAGUAGGGGAAAUUGGAAGUGUGUUGUCGUUUGCUCUGUUUUUUUGUGUUAAAAUUUGAAGGAGUUGUUCAAUUGGAAUGGCGUUUUAGUUGAUUUUGAAGGCCGACAUGGAUGAUCGAGGAGGUUCAUUUGUAGCUGUUAGGAGAAUUUCGCAAGGCAACACCUGCCAUUCAACUUCUGGAAUGACUUAUACAAGUUCGGAUCUGUCGAUUGAAAUUAGUUCAUAUAAGAUUCAUGCCUACUUGCAUUGAUAUUUGUGCUGAGGUUGUGGCAGGAUCAGCAGCAUGGCUUGGCAGAGGUCUUUCUUGUGUUUGUGUCCAAAGGAAAGAGAGUGAUGCUCGCCCAUCAUUUGAUUUGACUCCUGCCCAGGAGGAAUGCUUACAAAGGUUACAGAACCGUAUAGAUGUUUCUUAUGAUAGUUCAAUCCCAGAACACCAGGAAGCCUUGAGGGCUUUGUGGAAUGCUUCCUUUCCGGAAGAUGAGUUUUGUGGUUUAGUAUCUGAACAGUGGAAAGAAAUGGGUUGGCAAGGAAAAGAUCCGUCCACAGACUUUAGGGGUGGUGGUUUUAUAUCACUGGAGAACUUGUUAUAUUUUGCUAGGAAUUUUCCGAAAUCCUUCCAGGAUCUUCUUCGAAAGCAGGAAGGUGAUCGUUCCAUAUGGGAAUAUCCUUUUGCUGUUGCUGGUGUGAACAUCACGUUCAUGCUUAUUCAGAUGCUUGAUCUUGAAGCAGUAAAGCCACGAAGAAUGGUCGGAGCAAGUUUCUUGAAGUUUCUUUCAGAAAACGAAUCAGCAUUUGACCUUCUCUACUGUAUCACGUUCAAGCUGAUGGAUCAUCAAUGGCUUUCCAUGCAUGCAUCAUACAUGGACUUCAAUUCGGUGAUGAAAGCUACUCGCCGUCAGCUGGAAAAUGAGCUUCUGCAAGAGGACAUAACACGGCUUGAAGACUUACCCUCGUACAGCCUUCUCACACGAUAGUUUAGUACUUUUGUGAGAUUCAGAGCAAAGAUGACUUUUGUAAGAAACUUCCCCGCCAUCAUCUGAUGCAUUUGCUUCCUUUUGUCUCUUCUCUCGUGGUAUUCUCGACUACUUGGUUUUUUGUUCAUGAUAUUGUGCUUUCCAAGAUAAUCUUGAAGCGAUGUUAUAUCUUCUGAUUUGAUUUCUCAAAAGAAAAAAGGAGGGGUUGUGUUUGUGUGAUUAGGUUACAGGUUUUUGAAGAAGAAGAUGCCCUAUAUAAGCCUUUUGUGUUGCACUUUCUGAAUUGACCAUGUGAGAGUUUAUUAUUCAAUGAAAAUAUCACGUGUCAGUUACACUGAAUUUUUA